AAGGCGAAAGUCAUCGUGGAAAUAUAUUAGUUUAAUAUUUAGUAACAAUAUAACGUGGUACUUGAGUUUUCAAUUCAUUGGUCUGCCCUACAUAAAUGGAAAACGGUAAAUAGUGCUAGUUGCGCAGAAACUUUGAAUACACUUUAACGUUAAACAAGUCCUAAUUUGGUUCUUACACAAUGAUGUUACGUAGGAAUAUUAUUUUAAUACGUGCAGUGACGCUAAAGCUAUUCGUUUACAGUCUACUAGAGAUUGUAACUGGCGCGUUGUGAAUGUGCAUUACUCCGAUUGUUUUAUUUUAAAAUGUUUACAAAAUUACUACUUCUUGUUUGUGCUUUAUCUUUAAAACCGGUAGAGAGUGCAUAUUCAUUGAGACAAGUUGUUAUUUUAAGCAGGCAUAAUGUGCGAACGCCGUUAUCUAAAAAUUUAAACGAGUUAAGUCCCAAACCAUGGCCGAGCUGGAAAGUAAAAAGUGGAUACCUGACUGCCAAAGGUGCCUACUUGGAGGGCCGCAUGGGUCAGUACUUCUCAGCCUGGUUACAUAAGGAGGGGUUGCUGGAUGGCAAAUGUCCAACAGAAGAACUGUUCUAUGCAUAUGCCAAUGCAAAACAGAGAACAAAAGCUUCUGCAAAGUCAUUUGUAGAGAAAGCAUUUCCUAAUUGUGGUAUCAAAGUUCAUUUUAAAGGUGAGUCAGAUCCGGUGUUCAAUCCUGUGAUACACAACACUACUGCACAUUUCAGGAACAUCGCCCUUAACGAAAUGGAGGCCCGACUCAAACAUUUAACAUUGAACAAUUCAUUAAUAUUUAUAGAAAAUAUUUUAGACUACAGAGAUUCUGAGCAAUGUAAAGUAAGAAAAGUAUGUGACUUAUGUGCAGAUGAUAAUAGUAUUGCAUUAAAUGUUGGCUACAAACCAAAUAUUUUGGGGCCUCUCAAAGUGGCCAAGUCGGCCAUUGACUCUUUUGUGAUGUCAUAUUAUGAAGGGUUUCCAAUGAAAGACGUGGCCUGGGAUUUGAUUAGUGACAACACACAGUGGCAGCUGAUAAUGGCGAUAAGUAAGGGUUAUCACGAUGUUAUUUUUAACACUACACUCGUUGCAAAUGACAUUGCCUCUCCUCUUAUAAAAUACAUGUCCGAUGUAUUUAUGAACAAAAAGGAAAAUCCAAAAGUGACAUUAGUGAUGGGACACGAUGCAAACAUUCUCACAGUAUUAAAUAGCAUGAAUUUCAAAGCUUUUACAUUACAUAAACAAUUUGAAAAGAGUCCAGUCGGAGGUAAAAUUGUGUUUCAGAAAUGGUAUGACAGUGACAGUAAGAGGAACUUUUUAAAAGUUAAAUAUGUUUAUCAGUCGACUCAACAGCUGAGGGAGGGCUUGGAUUUGACAUUAGAAAGUCCUCCUCAAUUUGUACAGUUAGAAUUAAAAAGUUGUAAAGUUGAUGAAAGUGGAUUUUGCCCAUGGGAAGAUUUUAUAAUGUUUUUGAAGACUUUAUUAUGAAUACUUAGUUUAUUUUUUAGUAACACAGUAUGGAACAAGUUUGUGUGCCAUAGCCAUAGGUGAUAUAUAAUGUUUAGAUUCAUCUUUUCUCGACAUUGUUUCCACUUAUUUUAACCUUGUCUAAAGGUUCGCCAACUACACAUAAAUAUAUUGAAUGAACAAAUAUU